UGUCUGACUGUCGUUAGUGUUCUACACCUCGGAAAGGAUCUACCGCAAGAUGACUGACGAAUCUGUUUUCACGAAGUUACCUCAGUACAUUCAGAAUGGACUGAAGCAAGUAGCAGCGGAGACGGGUUUCACGGAAGGACUAUAUCGGUUCGAGUUCGAAAAUGCUUCCAAGGAGGGAGAUGGGUUUAUGGGGGAUCUCUUCAAAGUGAUCGUUCGUGAGAAGAACCAUGCCGAUCUGGUUGUCGUGUGCAAGACACUACCGCGCAACGAAGCCCGGAAGAUGUACACGAUUAGACUCUUCCAACGGGAAGUUGAAGCUUACACUGAAAUAUUACCAAUGUUGCGAAAAUUCCAAAUUGAAAAAGGUAUUACUGACCGUGAUCCCAAAGGAUUCUGGAGUUUUCCUAAAAGUUAUUAUGCUUAUUGCGAUGUUCAGAAGCUCGAGGGUGUCAUAAUCAUGGAAGAUUUACGAGAAAAACAGUUCCGAAUGUGGAAUAAGUCUAAACCUGUGGACUAUGAGCAUACUCGAUUAUUGGUGACUGAGCUAGGAAAACUUCAUGCGAUUUCAUUCGCACUCAAAGAUCAGAAACCAGAUUUGUUCGAGCCAUUCAAACUGCUCUUGGACCCGCUUGGUCUUCUGAUCCAGCACGAACCGAGACAAGCCAUGGCGAAAAUGAUGAACGGUAUCUGUGAGCGUGCGAUAUCAACUCUCGACGAGGACGACGAACAGAGUAAAGCGAAAAUGCAACCGAUUCGUGGUGUUGUUACCGAUUUGUACAGAACGGAUACUGACGGAAGCGAAGCAGAACCCUAUGCCGUUUUAGGACACGGAGACUGUUGGAUUAACAACACGAUGUUUUGCUAUCGAGAUAAUAAUCUGACACCAUCAGAUAUCUCCAUGUUCGACUGGCAGCUAUGCCGUUAUGUUUCACCCGUGUUGGAUUUGGUGUACUUUAUUUUCAUCUGCACCGAUGAAGAAUUGCGAGCUAAUCAUUAUGACCAACUGCUUCAAAACUACUACAAAUCACUCAGUGAUUAUUUAAAAUUGUUGGGUGGAGAUCCAGAGCAGCUGUUCCCGCGAUCGGCUUUCGAAGCUCAAUUGAAAAGAUUCGGUCGCUUCGCGCUAUUAAUCAGUUUCCUGAUGCUUCCAGUGAUUUGCACGCCAGAUGAGGAACUUCCCGAUAUUGAUAAGCACAUGGAAAUGGCACAACAAGCACAUCAAAGUGACAACGAUUCAACGGUAGAGGAAAUUGAAUUUAGUAGUACCACGAAAGCUGAUGCGAUUUAUAGAGAAAGAACACGGGGAAUGAUUAAGGAUCUCGUGAGGUUAGGGUAUUUGUAAGAUUUAUUACAUUGUAAAUUCAUAAAUUGGGGUACUAUCCAUACACGUCUUUCAAUAAGGUCGCUGUUUGUCCUAUCUUUUUAGUGUGGGAGCAUUGGAUCGAAUGCAUUAGAAGUUUUGAAAAUCUGAAAAAUUACAAUAUAAAAUAUGAAUAAAUUGUACUUGAAACCGAUUCUUGAGUUUGACAUAAUAAAAUGCCAAACAAGAUCAGGAACACUUUGAAAAGCUUCAAUUAUAUCUGGGUAAAGCUAACCUUUCUGCCGAAGCUCUUAUUCCAAUUUAUGCCACCUCACUUGAGAUGACGUCGAUUGAAGCUACAGCAACUUAGGAGUUUGAAAAGUGGCAAGUGUCUCGUCAAAUUUCGAAAUUUGACGAGACACUUGCAAUCUAAUUAGUCAUUGUACCACGUCGGCGUUUCCUUGGAACUGGGAAAUAUUUUAUUUAAAGCGGAAUAGACUUUAUAUAAUUUCAUUCGUACAGUCGCCAUAUUUUGCCGAUUUUUAGACUUUCAAACAACAAAUUGUGAUAAAAUCCCUAAAAAACAAUACCGCAGAAAAAAUAGCUCAAAACUUGUUCGAUACUAUACUGAAAAUAAUUUGCACGCUAGCAUCACGUGCAAAGCAUUCGAUCUAUCACUGCUUGUAG